AUGGCUGACUCAGCAGUAACAAAACCCAAAGCCAAGGCUGCCCCUAAAGACAAGAAACCGAAGGAGAAGCCUUCGGAGCCCAUUCCGUUGAAGAAAAGGCCCUUCAAAAGGCACGGACGACUUUACGCCAAAGCUAUCUUUACUGGUUACAGACGGGGACUCCGUAACCAGCAUGAACAUACUGCUUUGUUGAAAGUUGAAGGAGCUAGAGUUAAAGUUGACUCUGACUUCUACGUCGGCAAACGAUGUGUUUUUGUUUACAAGGCCAAGAACAAGACACCUGUUCCCGGUAAAACCACACGGAAAACUAAAGUCCGUGCUAUCUGGGGCAAAGUAACUCGUCCUCAUGGUACCAGUGGAUCAGUACGUGCUAAGUUCAAGAGAAAUUUACCAGCAACAGCCAUGGGACGUCGUAUCAGAAUUAUGUUGUACCCAAGCAGAGUGUGA